AUGGACAAUUCCCAACAACAAAGUACUUCACCACAAUCUCAACACCAAUCUCUUCAGAAUCAGCAAGUAGAAUCAACGGAUGUUACUGAUCCUGCUGUAAAGGCCGAGCAUGAGAACGAGUCUUCAAUCGCGACGAAGGAAACAGAUACAAAGAAAAAGAGAGCCGGUCCAAAAAGAAGAAAAGUUACUCAUGCGUGUGUUUACUGUCGACGAUCUCAUAUGACAUGUGAUGACGGUCGCCCAUGCCAACGAUGCAUAAAAAGAAGCAUAGGACAUCUCUGUCAUGACGAGCCGAAGGGCUCUCACGGUUCCCAGCAAGUACCUAGCGGAACUAACACCGUUCCGGCUAACCUCAUAACAAUGCAGCCGGUCCCUCAAGACAUAUUGAGGUCUACCAAUUUAACUAUGCAAGCCUUCCCGCAAAUUGCAACAUAUUCACAGUUACCAAUAACGCCUCUUACUUUUGCUAGCGAGCACAUGGGACAUGAAUUCACCGUGCUUACUGACUUUUUGGAAAGUGUGGAUGGAAAUCAACCGAAUAUCCAUAACUCCGACGGAGCUUCGAUAGACAAUGCCGACAAAUUUUUUUUAACCGCAGCCGAUCCUUCAGAUGGCACGUCUGAAGAUCGAUUAACUCAAGUGAUUAACGCGAAAUUUGAUGCCGGAUUUUUGAAACCAUAUAAUUAUGUUAAUGGUUAUGCCCGAUUACAAAGAUACAUAGAAAAUAACAUGACAAAUAUAAGUAAACAGCGGAUUCUAAGUACACUAAGUACCUUCCGCCCCACUUUCCGUAACAUCGCCCAGUCACUGACUGACAUUGACCUGGUUUUGGUCGAGGAAGCAUUUGAACGUCUUCUAUUGGACUAUGAUCGGGUAUUUAGUUCUAUGGGUAUCCCGGCCUGCUUGUGGCGAAGAACCGGUGAAAUAUAUAAAGGAAAUAAAGAAUUUGCUUUUCUCGUCGGAGUUCCAGUAGAUAUGUUAAGGGAAGGUCGGCUUUGUAUAUAUGAACUGAUGAUGGAAGAGUCGGCAGUGAAUUAUUGGGAGAAAUACGGAAACAUAGCAUUUGAUGCUGGUCAGAAAGCCGUUUUGAC